AUGUCUCAUGGUAAUAAUGUUAUCCCAACUCUUGUUUGGCAGGAAUUAUCAACUGAUUCAUCUCAACAUGUCCGCUCUGCUCUUGCUUCUGUAAUAAUGAGGAUGUCUCCUAUCCUUGGCAAGGAUUCAACCAUUGAGCAUCUGCUACCAAUUUUUCUUUCCCUUGUGAAAGAUGAAUUUCCUGAUGUACGGCUCAAUAUCAUAAGCAAGUUAGACCAAGUCAACCAGGUUAUUGGGAUCGAUCUGCUAUCACAAUCUUUGUUACCAGCGAUUGUAGAGCUUGCUGAGGAUCGACACUGGAGGGUCUACUCUAUUCGUGAAGCUGCAGCAAACAACCUAAAGCGCCUUGCAGAGGAGUUUGGUCCUGAAUGGGCAAUGCAACACUUAGUUCCACAUGUACUGGAGAUGGUAAGCAAUCCGCACUACCUACAUAGGAUGAUGGUUCUACGAGCAAUAUCUCUCAUGGAUCCUGUAUUGGGAUCUGAAAUCACAUGCUCUAAGUUUCUUCCUGUGGUGGUUGAGGCAUCAAAAGACAGAGUUCCAAACGUCAAGUUCAAUGUUGCAAAACUUCUGCAAUCCCUCAUCCCCAUAGUGGUGGAGAAAACAAUACGUCAGUGUUUGGUGGACUUGAGCGAGGACCCUGAUGUUGAUGUUGAUGUUCGAUAUUUUGCAAACCAAGCGCUUCGUUCCAUUGACGGUGCCGCAGUUGCACAAUCAUGA